AGCUCUGCAGACGGAAGCGGCUGGCUCGCCGGAACGGUCACAUCCCGCCGCAGGGGCCCCAGGAGACAGCCGCGCAGCCUCCCGCGCCGGGGGACCCAGGCCCGCGGCUCGCCCAGCGCCCCUCGCUCACCCACAGACUACGCCGCCGUCGCGAGCUCUGGGGGCCCCGCAGCCCCGCAACCCGCGCCCGCUACGCCUCCGCCCUCUGCCCGCUGCUCGGCCUCGUGCUACCCGCCUCGCCGGGCCCGCGCCGGGAUGGGGUAGGGGCAGCACCACCAACUCGGGCGAUGGGUCGCCCACUGGGCACCGAGCAGCCCCCCGAGGCCUGACCGACCGCGAGGACCGGCGGAGGAGCCCCGCCUGGAUGUCCAGCGGAUGUCCCAGUGCCUCCUAGCGGACUCGGUGGGGACCAUGGCUACGCUGACGCCCCUCUCCCCGUACCUAAGCCCCACGGUCCUCCUGCUGGUCAGCUGUGACCUGGGCUUCGUGCGAGCAGACCGGCCUCCAUCUCCUGUGAAUGUGACAGUCACUCACCUCAGAGCCAACUCGGCCACUGUGUCCUGGGACGUCCCAGAAGGCAACAUCGUCAUUGGCUACUCCAUUUCCCAGCAACGACAGAAUGGCCCCGGACAGCGUGUGAUCCGGGAGGUGAACACCACCACUCGCGCCUGUGCCCUCUGGGGCCUGGCUGAAGACAGUGACUACACAGUGCAGGUCAGGAGCAUCGGCCUUCGGGGAGAGAGCCCCCCAGGGCCCCGCGUGCACUUUCGAACACUCAAGGGUUCUGACCGGCUGCCUUCAAACAGCUCGAGCCCAGGUGACAUCACAGUGGAGGGUCUGGAUGGAGAGCGACCGUUACAGACAGGGGAAGUGGUCAUCAUCGUGGUGGUGUUGCUGAUGUGGGCCGCUGUAAUCGGGCUGUUCUGCCGUCAGUAUGAUAUCAUCAAGGACAAUGACUCCAACAACAACCCCAAGGAAAAGGGCAAGGGGCCAGAGCACAGUCCUCAGGGAAGGCCAGUGGGGACCAGACAGAAAAAGUCACCAUCCAUCAAUACCAUAGACGUAUGAGUGAAGACACAGAACCAGAAGAGAGAUGCCCUAACAACCUGGGGAUGGGGAUGGGGUCAGGGAGAGCCUAAGAUGGUGAUCUGCCCAAGACUGAAGGAUCCCACAGUCUCCCAGAAGAUAAUGACACUCCCACACUCUCAGGCCUGGUACCCAUCCUCUUUCCACUGUGAACAGGGCUAGAAGGUAGGUAUGCUAGGGUCUGUGCCCCUGGACCUGGGGAGUGGCUCUCAGAUGGGAUGUGUCUUUCCAUCCCCCAGGUCCAGGGGAGAAUCACUUGUUCAACCCUAUCCCAUUAGGUCCCAAGUGGGGCCCCAAUUUCACCUGCAUCAGGACUCUCAGCAUCCCCAGCUGCCCCCACAUUUUGCCUCUGGGUCUCAGUGAGGGGUUUUUGUGGGUACGCCCCCUCCCCCAGCAAAUAAAAAAAGACAGACACUGCACUGCACUACUCCAAUGUCUUCCAUGGAGCCUCAGGUGCUCCCCCUCUUACCUGGCAGCACCCCCAGCUGCUGGUGAUCUCACCCCUUGGACAUUUUCCAAUAAAGGUUUUGGGCAAACUGGAGCUGACUGUACAGUAUACUGUAUACUAUGCUGAAGGCAUUUCCACACCUUCUCUCCUCUCACUACAAGGGCCCCUCAUUCCACCACCAACUUGACAGGAGCAAACUCUCACUGUAAGGUGUUUGCUUUGAUUCUCCAGCCUGCAAUGGGUGUAAGGAGGUUAGAAAGGGGUACAGAAAACUGGAGCCCUGGUUACUUUUGCUUUGUUGGGUUAGAAAGGGGAGAAGGAAAGAAGAGGAUAUAAAUUCUUCCUGCACUAGUGGAAACUAAUGUUAGUCACAUGAGAGGGCCAGUAGCCUUUUUUGAUCUUCACAUCAGCAGCCCGGCUCCUCGCCAUUUAUUCUUCUGACUCCUCCAUCCACCCCGAGCUCAUUUUCAGAAAAGGACUGAACAGUGUCUUGGGACAGAUGAAAGAGCAGCUACACUAAUGGAUCCCUCAGUGCCAUGUGCUCCUCCCGUGCGUUCCUGUGCCUAUUCCUCCAUGCCUUUGCCUUCCCUUUUGUCUCUGUUUCUGUUCAU